AUGGCAAAGUCAAUGGUAUUGUGGUUUACCUUUCUGAGCUGCUUGAAGGAGGUGAUACCUUUGUUUUGUCCAGAUGUGUGUGAAUGUCACGAUGAGACUUUGAUUUGUACCAACAGGGGGUUGAAGUCAGUGCCUCAACCACCACAAGGGCUGAGCUCAGCAGCUCGGGCUCUUAGUUUAGGUGGCAAUUUUAUCACACACCUUUCUCCUGGGGAUUUCUGCAACUACCCUGCCCUGAAGGAGCUGAGUUUGCAGUACAAUUCCAUCCAGACAAUCUCUUCCAAAACCUUUGUGCCUCUCACAGAACUGAAAGAGCUCUACUUGGGGAAUAACUUGCUUUCUAGUCUAGAGAACAAGACGUUUGCGGGACUCAACAACAUCCAAUUGCUGGAUCUGAACCGCAAUCGUCUGAGCCACGUUUCAAGGGACACCUUUUAUGGCUUGAACAGUCUGAUCAAACUGCGACUGGACGGAAAUGUCCUCUCCACCAUCCCAGACGGGGCUUUCGUGACUCUGGGGAAUUUGGGCUAUUUGCACUUGGAGAAAAAUAACAUCCGCUCUCUGUGGAGGAACCCUUUCCGAGGAUUGGGCAAACUGCGCUACUUAAACCUGUCCAAAAACAACAUCAGCCUGGAGCGGGGCAACCCCUUCAGACACUUGAAGUCUCUCUCCGAGCUGCAACUCUCUGAGAACCGUAUCGUCUCUCUGAGAGAAGGCGCCUUCCGAUGGCUGACAGAGCUGACCACACUCUCUCUCAGCCACAACACAAUAUCUGACCUCGACCACAACACAUUCCAGGGGCUGACCCAGCUCAGAUCCCUGGCCCUGGACAGCAACAACAUUACGGUGAUCUCACAGCGUCUCUUCAGCCCGGUGAAGCAGAUCCAAGACAUCGACUUGAGCAGAAAUGCCAUCAGUGAAGUGCAAAUCGCCGCUUUUUGGGAGUUACAUCUGCUCAACAGCUUAAACUUGAAGAGAAAUGCCUUGACCGGCCUGGAUCCGGCUGUGUUUGCCUCUGCGGGACAUUUGUAUAAGGUGGACCUGAGUGACAACCCCUGGGAAUGUGACUGCCAUCUGAUGGGUUUGAGAGACUGGAUCCACUGGGCUGUCAAAGGCCAUAAACUCCUGACUGUCUUCAUUCGCUGUGACAAACCCCAAAGUCUAUCAGGAAGGUACCUCGAUCUCCUGAGUGACCAGGACCUGAUCAACUCGGGGGGAGAAUGUCCUACCAAGGCCACCCAGCCCACCUCGCCAUCAGAAACACACCCUCGGGCAACACAAAUAGCCCAGGACACAGGGGUGACAGAAUUGGACUCAACCCAAGCAGAGCCCUCAAGUUCAUCUCAAAGCUCGCCCUUUCCAGGAAUUGCGGUGAUGAGUAGCGGGAGCAAAGGGCAAGGGCAUGGGAAUGGGAAUGUGCAGCCCACCCCCACCCAGAGAAAGGGGCUCUCAGAGAGCAGAUCGAAAGCCACAAUGAGACCAAGGGCAAAGCAGAGCACCCCAGCAAAGCUCGACAUCUCUCCUCUGGGGGAGGUCCCACAGCUGACCCUCGCUGACUCCUGCCGCUUCAAUCGACUUUCUAUCACAAACCUCUCCACCCAACUGGUCACCUCUUCCUCGGCCACCCUCACCUGGGACCUGGAGUAUGCCAGAACAGGCGUCAGCUUCAGAAUCAUGUAUGAUCGAUUCAACCAGAACAAAAGGUUCAGUCGCUAUAUUUAUGUCAAGGAGGAGACCAAUUGUUACACUUUGCAGGACCUCUAUCCAUCUGUCCCUUACUUGAUCUGUUUGGAGAGUGUGGUGGACAUGAAAACAUGUGAGAUGGAAUCCAGAGAGCACUGUCUGGGGAUUCUCACCAAAGCCCAGGACAGUUUCCCCGUGGACACACUCAGCCUGAUAUUGUAUGUCACGGCCGCUAAUGGUGCUGUGUUAGUGUUGGUCCUGGUUCUCCUGAUCUGCACCUUCGCGGCGAAACACAUCGGACGCAGGAGAGCGGAUAAUGCACCCAAGUCAGGAUACUGCUCUGUCAGGAAGAGUAACUGUGCUGCGUGCUCUGGGAUCACCUCCCAAUACAACUCAAGUUACCAGAGCACCAACUCCGGAUCAGUCACACCUCAGCCCAACUGUGCAGAUUGUCCGGAGCCACCACAGAGAGACUGA